UCGUUGAAAUCGUCGUCAGUUUGUUAAAGAUAUUUCGCUACUUCACAACUAGUUGCUCGACUCUGUUUAAUUUUUCGUCGCUGUUGUUGUUAUUGUUAUUUAAGCAUGAAGACAUUUGUUGUAUGCCUUGUCCUGGCAAUUGCCUGUGUCGCCGCUGAAGAGAAAUAUACGACAAAAUACGAUAAUAUUGAUGUAGAUGAAAUUUUGACAUCGGAUCGUUUGUUUAACAACUAUUUUAAGUGCCUGAUCGAUAUGGGCAAGUGCACGCCCGAUGGUCGCGAGCUGAAGAAAUCUUUGCCCGAUGCGCUGGUCACCGAAUGCAGCAAAUGCAGUGAGAAGCAGAAGCAGAACACCGACAAGGUUAUACGUUUCAUCAUCGAAAAUAAGAAAGAAGAGUGGAAGGCACUGCAGGCUAAAUACGAUCCAGAAGAGGUCUACAUCAAGCGCUACAGGGCUCAGGCGGAAAAAGCCGGAAUCCCUAUCUAAAUAUUAGUGAUUUUGGGCUUUUGAAAAUGAUCUAUACACAAAAUAAAUGUUUUUUAUUUGUGUAAAAGCUAUCAAACAAACAUUAAUCUAAGUCCAUUGUGUAACAUACUUAUAGGAUAAAUGGUAUGAUAUAAGUAAAGUAUGCUUUAAACGUA